AUGGUUUCCUACAGAUUGGUCGCUCUUGGGGCUGCCGGCGUGCACUUUAUGGGUGCUGCGAAUGCGAUUGGCGUUCCUGGUGUCUCUGUCAGUGUCCCUGUCAGUGUUCCUGUCACCAGUGUCAUCAACGGAGUCACCACUACUCUUGGUGGUGUGGUUACCACUGUCGUCAGUGAUGGAAUCAGUCUUGUGUCCACCAUCGUUUCGGCCGCCCAAACUGACGUCUCUUCUGCCGCCUCUGUCGCUACGAGUGUGGCCGAUGGGCUCACCUCUACUCUCGCCUCGGACAUCUCGUCCGCUGCCUCCGUCGCUACGAGCGUGGCUGACGGUCUUACUUCCACUCUCGCCUCGGACAUCUCGUCCGCUGCCUCCAUCGCUACAAGCGUGGCUGAUGGUCUUACUUCCACUCUCGCCUCGGACAUCUCGUCCGCUGCCUCCGUCGCUACGAGCGUAGUCGAUGGCCUCACCUCUACUCUGGCCUCGGACAUCUCCUCUGUUGCCUCGCUUGCUACAUCCGUCGCUGGAGACGCCACCUCUAUUGCCGCCUCUGUGGCUUCCAGCAUUGCAUCCGUCAUUGCUAGCGAUCUGCCCUCCGGAGUCAUUCCCUCCAGUGUCAUUUCUGGCAUCAUCAACACCUUGACUUCCGACCUUUCCGGUGCCAUUCCCACCAACCUUCCCGGAGAGAUUUCUAGCAUCCUAUCAGACCUUCCCACCAGCGUUGUUUCAAGCAUCGUUGGUGGUCUCCCCACCGGUCUUCCUCUCACCUCCGAUCUGCCUUCUAGUGUUUUGUCAGGUGUUCUCGGCGCUGGCAGCACUACCAGACUUCCUGGAAUCCCUUUCUCGACUGUACCGCUCCCCACCGGUAUCUUGACCGAGCUGCCUUCAGGUGUCGUUUCGAGCAUCUUGAGCGGCUUGCCUACAAGCGACCUCCCUUCAGGUUUCUCGACCAUGAACCCCACCUCUAUCCUCACCGGUCUUCCCUCGGGUGUCAUUUCGAGCAUUCUCAGCAACCUUCCUUCCAGCGUCUUGACCGGCCUGCCUACCCCUACCCCGACCACUCUCCCCACUGGCAUCUUGACCGAGCUUCCCUCGGGUGUCAUCUCCAGCAUCCUGAGUGGUCUUCCCUCCAGCGACUUGCCUUCGGGUGCUUCGACUCUCAACCCCACCUCUAUCCUCACUGGCCUCCCAUCGGGUGUCAUCUCGAGCAUUCUCGGCAACCUUCCUUCCAGCGUCCUGAGCGGUCUUACUACCCCUUCUGGUAGUGCUACUGGCUCCGCUUCGUCAUCGGCUUCUGCAACAAACUCGGCAUCAUCUGCUCUCCCAACUCAGCUUACUGUUGAUGGUGUCACCUUCGGCCUUGAGUACAACAAGACAUACCUUGGAGUCACCCUUGACAUUGGAGCCACCUUGGCCAAGAGACAAGGCCAGACUUUCGACGGCUGUGUAGCCGACUGUGCUGCAGACGUCACUUGCAAGGGAACCGCAUUCGAUACCGCUACCGGUCUCUGCACAUUCUACCGCUGUGUUGAUCUUGCUUCGGGCCAAGCUGCUCCCGGUAUUGACUUUGCCCUCUUCGAAUCCAGUGUUGUUGAUUCCAGAUCGGGUGUCGCUUGUGGCCCUGGUGUUGUCGCAACUUCUGGCUCUCCUGCCUCUACUGGAAACGUAAUUGACGCAUCUUCAGUUGUUGGUGGAGGUGCCGCAGUCACUGGAGCUCCUGGCUCGGGCUCAGCUGCUGGUGGUCAACCUUUCACCACCGUCUUCACCGUCACUGCCUGCCCUUCCACAGUCACCGACUGCCCUGCUUCUGAGAAAACCACCUACCUCAGCACCGCAACCCUCAAUGGAGCCGCUGCAUCUGGCCUCGUGACCGCCACUCUCUACAGCACGUCUGUUCAGACUAUCUACUCUUGCGCUCCCACCGUCACCAACUGCCCUCUCAGAAACGGAGCAUCAGCCACGACCGAUGUCAUUGUCGCUUACACUACUGUUUGCCCCGCUGCCCAGGCUUCUGCUCUCAUGGCCGCAAACGGCUCUGGCUCCAACUCUGGUUCCGGUUCAGGUUACCUCUCCAACGGAUCUGGCUCUGGCUCCAACUCGAACGUUGUUGUCGUUGGUCAGAACGGAAAUGGUGCCAACUCUGGCUCCAACGGAUCUGGCUCGAACUUGCCUGUUGUUUCGGUCAUCAUCUACACCAGCGGUGGCACUGUCUACACAACCACCACCAGCUGCCCUACCGUCGGCACAAUGGCAUCUACCGCCAACGGCAAUGUUGUUGUCGGCACUCAAGCACCUGGUGGCAACAUGCCCGGCUCCAACACCCCUGCUGGCAACGCCCCUGGCACAAACGCCUACGUCGUCGUCUCCUGCAGCAACGGGGUUUGCCAGAACUCGACCAAGACCGCUUCCUCUGUCACUGGCACCAGCUCUCCCAGCAUGGCCAUCUUCACUGGCGCUGCUUCGCUCGUGACUCCUGGCAUGUUUGUUGGAGGCGCUGCUGCUCUCUUUGGUGCUCUGAUGAUGUAA